CAAACGCAUUUUAUCUCUCGCUCAUGACGUUUCCCUACAAUGGCUACUGACCAAAAGGACGCGACUGAACCUACUUCAGAAGAUGACAUUGACACUGAGACUCUCCAGGCGCAGAUAGACAUGUCUAUGUCGUUAGUCCAUGAUGUCGUUGCGUCAUGGAUGUCUCCCUCCGACCGUGUCCGUCUCGGCCGAGCUUCUGACCCUAAGCGGUUGGUGGACGAGCAACUGCGUCGGCCAGCUAGGCUCGGAGUAGGUGCUUCUACCCCGGAGCUCGUGCAGGCAUCACGGGAGGCGAACAAGUUGCGCCAUCAGCUCCUAAACAAAGGAAAGAAACGGACUCGAGAAGAAGAGGCUCCUGCGCAAACAGUAGUUAUGUCUGACAGCGACGAAGAAAUGGCCAAGGGGGAAAUCGGGUCGAAAAAGCAAAUCAAAGUGGACCCAUUUGCGCGCAAAGAGAAGAAGAAACAUUUAGCGUCAGUGGAGCAAAACGGCACCAAUGUAACAAAGUCUACCUCCCGGGCAAACUCUGAUGAUAUGGAAGUUGAUCCUCCCCUUACCAAUGGUAGUGGCUCUGCACCGCUGCCAGCCCCAAAUGUGGAUGCUGUAUUCAGCCCGACGAAGAAGAAAAAGCGGAAGCAAAGUGCACAGGAUCUAGGAACACCACAUCCUCCUGGUGAACUGAAUCCUAUGGCCUCCCCUGAUACAGUUGGCAGCAUGUCAAGAACACCGGUUGAUGAACACGAAUCUUCCGGCUUCCCCGCCUCUCAAAGUAGCUCACCUGCCCGACCCGCUACCCAUAUGAGCCUACUUAACCUUGGCGGGCCGGUGGGGGUAUCCGGGCAGGAUGCUAACGCAAAUUCUGAAUCUAAGAAAAAACGCAAGAGGCGUAAGAAGAAGAAACAUGGCACAUCUACUGGCGGCCAACCGGAAUGAAUCCAAGGUGAUCUACUGUAGCUCUAUUCUCCCAUUACUCUACCCUUCGAGGACAUCAUUUCCGAUCGCGCUAGAUCUCGAUACCAUUAUGGCCGUAAGUGUCUUUUCAUAACUAUCAUAUUUAGGAAGUAUUGCUCAAGAGUGCCAGCACGCCUAGCAAGGUACAGCUACAUGUACAACGAUUAUCUAAGUAUGUAAAUCCAGGUGUCCGCUGAGAAUAUAUAUGCCGCAAGACAAUAAGCUUAAUGCCCAGGAAGAGGCGAGAAUCCAAAUCCUCACUCCAACUCUACUUCCGCGAUGACCGUGACUGUGUGGUAUCACGUCUGGUGAGCCCUCCGUUCGGCGCGUUGCUCCGUGUGCUUGGACGUCUGCUAGGAGGGUUCCGCGUGCUAGAUCUCCUGACUGGAGGAGGUCUAUUCAUGCUACCUUGCCUUGAAGGCGGUUUGUUCAUAGUGCCUUGUCUUGACGGCGGCUUGUUCAUGCUGGUCUGCCGGGAUGGAUGUGUCCUCGUCGAUGCUGAGCGAUGCAAGUUGCUGUCCUUGGUAGUAGACCGCUGAGAAGAAGUGCGCUUGGCCACGGAAGGUCGGCUAGACUGUUUCUUCCCAAGGCCGAAGAGAGAGAGUCCGCCGGAGGACUCGUAUGUGCCUUUGCGUUUGGCCUUACGCUGAGCAGCAAACUUGCGUGCAGCUUUGGCCUCGUGUAUCUCACGUAUGCCCUCUCGUCGUAGCUUCUCAUUCCCCGAGAAAGUGGCACGCCAUUUGACGAGCCAUCCAUGAAGUUGAGAGGGCUUCGGCUUGCUCCGGCGGCGACCGUCAGAGUGGUAAUGAGAGGUCUUCCACUCGACUUCGAGCAUGCUGUCU